AUCAAGGCUUGCCACCAAAAUAUGAUCCAGGGGUUGAGGGUGACUGCAAUUUGAUUUGUUUUUCGAAACAAUCGAACGCGUUCAAAAAAAAUGCCCUUUGUUUGGUCGCCCCCGCCCCCUCUCUCGUUCAAGUUCACACAUCCGCAUCAUCACCUCGCUUAACAUGAGAGUCAAGCCCCUACAAAUCCAUUGGCAUGACAAGCAACCCAUAUACUCGGCUCAUUUCGAACCAGGUCCAAAAGGACGACUGGCCACAGCUGGAGGCGAUGGCAACGUGAGGCUCUGGCGAGUUGUCAAGGACAAGGAGAAGGACAGCACCCAUAUCGAGUUCCUGUCCAGUUUGAACCGCCAUACAGCCGCUGUCAAUGUUGUCCGAUUCUCGCCCACAGCCGAGUGCCUUGCAUCCGCAGGAGAUGAUGGCAGUAUUAUUUUGUGGCGACCAUCGGAGACCAAGGAUGGAGCGAGCAAGUUUGCAGAGUCUGAAGAUGACGAAUUUGAGCGCGAAACAUGGCGAGUUCAGUCAAUGAUGCGAGGGUCUCUUUCCGAUAUAUAUGAUCUGGCAUGGUCACCAGAUGGCCGCUAUAUCAUCUCAGGAUCGAUCGAUAAUACCGCACGGAUAUGGGACGUCAAGGAUGCCAAGUGUAUACAUGUCAUCGCAGACCAUCACCACUAUGUUCAAGGAGUAGCAUGGGACCCUCUUGGAGAAUUUAUUGCCACCCAAAGCAGCGACCGAUCGGUUCACAUAUAUGCAUUCAAAACGGACAAGCAUGGACAUGUUUUGAUCACAAGUCUGGGCAAGAAUACCAAAUUGGACCUUGCCAAACUGCGAUCAGUCCCACAACCAUCACUUUCUGCAGCAACGAAUGCCGCAUCAGCAUCCGGCAAUAAGAACCACAACGGCGAGACAGACCUUAAACCAGAGACAUUGACAGACAAGGAAGACGCAUCAAAACCAGCAAAGUCCGCCCCGAAAUCAUUCCGUCUCUAUCACGACGAGACGCUGACAUCAUUCUUUAGGAGGCUGUCGUUCACACCCGAUGGAUCGAUGCUGCUGACGCCAGCUGGACAAUACAAGGCGCCUAUCCAGAAACCCAGCCAGCCGAAAGAUGAAGACUCGGGGUUAACAUCACAGGCAGCGGAGCUGGAGACCAGAAACACGGUCUAUAUCUAUGCGAGGAGGGAUUUCAACAGGGGUCCUAUUGCUCACUUACCAGGACAUAAGAAGCCAUCGGUCGCGAUCAGAUGCAGCCCAGUACUCUAUGAACUUCGGCAGAUUCAGCGUCCAUCGCCGAGCAGCGACUAUAGCCGGCGACCAACGAACGCAGCUGAGCUUGAGAAGGGUGGGCGGCCAGGGUCAACGAAAGCGACUGGCGAACAAAAGAAGACACCUCAACCGCCGUCAGUGUUCGGAUUGGGCUAUCGGUCAAUCUAUGCCGUUGCAACACAGGACUCAAUUUUGAUAUAUGAUACCCAACAGACGGCCGCUCUCGCUCUCGUGUCCCAUCUCCACUACGCAACAUUCACAGACAUGACGUGGUCCAGCGACGGAUGCAACUUGAUUCUGACAUCUUCGGACGGAUUCUGUUCGAUCGUAUCGUUUGAGGAAGGCGAGCUCGGAACAGUGUACACACCGCCCAAGUCAGUGAUGGCUCUUUUUGCGACGGGCGAUAGCGGAGCUGCAAUGGCACAAAGCGAGUCCAUGGAUUCUGCAGCGACAAUUGCAGCGACUGCGGGCAUGCUUCAGAAACUGAAUGGACUGUCGCUGGUGGAGCAAAAGGAGCAGAAGGAACAAAAGGAACAAAAGGAGUUGAAGGAGCCCAAGGAGCAGAUCAAAGGAAAGGCGAAGCAGGAUAAGGCAGCAACGAAUACGGAGGGAAAGAAGACGACGGUCAAGCAACUGUUUUCAAAAGCACGGUCCAAGAAGGAGCGGGAUGGUGAUUCGAUAAUGGACUCUGACGGUGAACGGCCGUCAUCGAAGAAGCGGAAGACUACUACGACGCCUGUUAUCAUUCUACCGACACGGCCUGCAGCAGCAGCAGCAGCGACAGCAACGACAACUUCACCGGCAACGCUAACGCCUGCUCCAGGAAGCAGCAGCGGCGCUACUGCCAUUAACACUGUUACUGCUAGCAGUAGUGGGACCGAGGUCAAGCCCAAGAGGAGGAUACAGCCGAUUUUUGUAAGCGCUUUGCCUGGGCGUUGAGAUACGCCUGCAAGAAUAAAGCAUGAAAUACACAUCGAAUGAACAUCACGUUGAAAC